GAAAGUUUGAGAUGUGACGCCAGAUUUUAUCCUGCAAACAAAUGGUCCCCAAUAUAUAACGCCGAGGAAUUAUGGGUUGAGAUUUUUUUUAACGUCCAUAAACUACAUAUCUUCAUGCGCAAUGGGCAACGGGAGACGGACACGAUGAACCCGUCGUCUCCCAAGAAUAAUUCCGGGAGCAAUACUCAAGUAAAUCGAUCAAAGGCAACAGACGCCGGCAUGAGCUCGAACGAUGCAGAUCGCUGCAGCGAUACUGUGAUGUCUGGAGACGAUGCUCGGCCACAGAAUCGUUCAACGGAGGAGAGAAUCAACAUCGGCAACCCACGAAAGCCCAUCAUGAAAUUAGACGGCGCCAAAUCAGUAGCGGAUGAUCUCCGAUCCAGACUUGAUCUAUUCAUGCCCGCGCUCGCGAAAUCAAACCAGGAACUGAAAGCGGAACAGAACAUGGAGGCUGAGGAUUGUCCGGAUGAUGGCGAGCACAUCGCGCUGGAAUUGGCUUGUGGCGUGUUGGAGGAGUGCCCACAACCUCCGAAUGGGUCAUCUUCCUCGAAUGUUACCAUCCCUCGACCAGGUCUACCUCAUGACAACGAUGAGUUAGAGCGCACCCUUGCACUGCUCAUGCCACAGGGACUGAGCACAGCGAGCAGUAGCGCAUCAAGCGAUUCGACGUCUUCUGAUGAGGACGACGACGAUGAUGACAGCGAGGAUGACGAGGACGACAGUGACGACGAAGAGCAACAUUCAACCGGCAGUGAUUCAAAAUCCUGAACAUCUUCACCCAUUUUCUGAUUCUCGCAUAUAUCGUGUCGUGGGGAUCGAAUGCACACAGAGAACCACCCGAUCCUCGACGCACUGCCUAACUCAGGCAGACCACCAGCGAAGAAGCAGCGCCGGCACCAGUG